CGUAAGAGCAGCAUGUUGCGCACUUCUGAAAGUCUUGAACGUUUAUAGCUGCUGUGCAUGCAAUUGUACUCAACAUUUUUAUAAGUUUUUUCCUGGCUGAAGUUGAAUCUUAUCCUAUGGUUGUCAGGUUGUGCAAGCAAUAUAUUAAUCCAGGACAACAACUAUUCCACAAUAGGACAAGAAGAUCUGGACCAAUAGCUCAACAUUGCCAGCAAUUGGAUGUUUUAUUGAUACUGGACAGAAUGUCAACAUAUUUCACUUUGUGGGUGUUUUUUGGCAUACUGUCCCCCCUUCUGCUGGCUGCAGGGGCAGCUAAUUGUUCAGAGAGGGAAGGGUUGGUGAAACUGCUGCCCAGGAGACCCUUAACAAACUGUUUGAUCGAGUGCACUGAGAUGACCUACCAUAAGAAAAUUCAACUUCGGGACAACCAUAACAUACGGCUCUCAUAUUGCACAGAAGGACCAACAGAUCCAUCUUCAGGCUCAGCAGCCCUGUCCCCCCAUAAGGCUGAACCUGAACCAGCUUGUCUCCCAACUGAAGGAGGAGACCCCGGGGAAUACUGUUGGUCUACGGAGCUCAAGUGCAACAUUGGAGAAAGCUUUGUGCAGGCCUACGUGGUGUUGCCUGUGGAUGUAUCUGUAGCUGGACAUGAGAUGCUGGAAGUGAAAGCCACUGUCCCCUCUGCCACCACACUGCUCAGACACAACAGCCCCACCACAAUCGCAGACGACUGUGGCCUCCAAUACGACGUGACGCCACAAUUCAGUACCGAGAACACAGGGAACUCUUUCUGCGUACAGGUUGUUUCCCCGGUUGUUGUUCUCAAAUGUCCUCCUUUUCUGGUCACCUUCUGGGAGAGAAAACCAAAUCAGAUCAACCAAGGAGGUGAUGGAUAAAAUACCCAUAUAUUUUACUAAAGUAAAAUAACUAAUGCAUACUGUACAAAUACUCAGUCCUGCAUUGAGCAUGCGUAGGUAUAGUAACUAAAAUGUACUUCCAGUAUUACAAUUUGAUAUCAUUGUAUUGUUAUCAUCUCAUUCAUUAAUGUGUAACCAUCACCUUUGUAAUUUUUUUAUUUUGAGCUAUUUUAUUUAAGGCUGCAACUGUUGAUUAUUUUCAUUUUGGAUGAACCCUUAUGUUGUGUUCGGGUCUCCCGUGACCCGUUUCAAGUUAAAAUGAUAUAAGAACUACGCUCUAGUUUUUUUUAUUGGAACGAGGCUUCAUGACAUUGAGAUCAUCGAUCUCUUUUUCAAGGGAGACCUGCAGAUGAUAUCCUCCACAACAGCUAUAUAAGCACUACAAAACAGAUGUUGACAAUUUUAGCCAAGUCUGAAGGUCUCUUAAAAAAAAAAAGUGUAUAAUUUGGUGUUCGGGUCUGGGAAGACACAGCUCAAUUGUUGUGGGUGACUCGGGGGCAAAUUUGGCCCAAUCAAGAUUCAUCUUUGACUUUAGACACCCCACCCCCACCCCCUUCAUCCACUGUAACAAUAAUUAUUUCACAACAUGCACCUGGUUGCCCAUCCCUCCCCCCCACGGGAACUCAACCUUUCACAAAGAAUAUGUACACUAACACUUGAACCUGAACACACACAUGCACAUGUGCAAUAUGUGGUGUAAUGUGUUUUGGGGCCAUAAAAUAAAAUAACAACAGGAUUGUACAGUUAUGAAUGCAUUAUAAGUUAGUUAUGAUGUAGUUAAAACAAUAUUGAAUGAUAGUCAUUAUUUUUGAGUGUUUUGGACUGAGAUAAAUCAUGGGUCAAAAUUGACCCGCGAACACCAUGAACGGUAACAGCUUUCAAACACAACACAAGGGUUAAGCUCAUGAUUAUUUUCUAUAUUCAUUGAUUGAUUGUUUGGUUUUACAAGUCCAAACCUCACAACUAUUGGACAAAGGCAUAGAAAAGCAAAACAAGCUUUUUUGUGUGUUAAAUGACAGACAACCAACAAAGUUGUUUCCAAUUAAUCUGUUGUCAAUUGUUUUAGAUAUCAUUUAGUCAUAUUGUAUAAGAUCUUAUUAUGUUUUGUAUGCAAACAUCUUUAUUUGUAAAAUAACUAGUAACUAGUAGGUGUCAAAUAAUUGUAUAGGACUAAUAAGUACAAUAUUUCCCUCUGAAAUGUAGUUGAGUAGAAGUAAAAGGAUAAUUAAAUGAACAGUC